UAGAAUUGGCUCAGGCCUUGUCUUAGGGAUUGACGCAAUUGUUUCUCCGCCUCCGGCCACUGCAGGGAGUGGCGCCGUUGUAUUUGCAACGAAGAUCCUCUCAUUUCGGAACUCGCUCUGAUGUCGCGUAGGGAAGACCGUAGCUCUGAUGCGAAGCGCCAUCGUUCUCGGUUCGAUCGUGAGCCUAGCCCCAAGAGAUCCAGGCGAGAUGGAAAGGCGGAGUUUGAAAGGGUACUCGCGGUGCCUGAGACCGACAGAACCCAAUUGGAUCGUGGUCUUAAGUCAAGUCGUCGGCCUCGGGAUCCUUUGCCUCUGGAAGUACCGUCACGUCGUGAUUCCAAGUUUGAAUCUGAAAUGAGGACUAAAGAAUCUGAAAACCGAACUGACAGACAACAUGGAGUUGUUAAACAGUCUUCUGAUUCUGCGAGGAUACCCCAAUCGCGGUCAUACUUCGAGCAUGAUGAUCGUGGUACCGUUGGAAAAGUAGGAAGGAACUUCAAUCGCAGGACUGACAGGGAACGUGGUUGGUGGAGAGAUCCCAGGGAGGGAGUCGAUAAAAUGGCAUCAAAUGAGAAGGAUGACAAGCCAAAAGACAAUGGCAGGGCAGAUGAUCGUGUAUGGCGCCAUGAUGGAUACUUCCAAAUGCAGGCGAACCCUAACGCUCCUCUACGUAGGCGGCCGGCUUUCAGAGAGCAAAAGAUCCCUGCUGAUGAGAAAGCCCAGAAAGCAGAAGCAGGGAUGCCAAAUGCAAAUCCACCCGAACUUGGUGUAGAAAGCAGUAGAAGAGAUGAGAGAGGGUAUGUGUCCCGGCAUUCUGAGAGACAGCGGGAUUUGAACAUGGGUAGGAGCAGGAGCUUUUCAUCUAGAGAUCGAUCUGAUCCCGGCAAUAGAUACAGAGGCAGCAGCGGCAGUGGGUAUCAUAAUCAUCGCGCGCCUGUUGGGCGAGUUGAGAAAUGGAAGCACGACCUUUAUGAUGAGGCGAACAAGAGUCCGUCCCCUAAGAAGGAUGAGGAUCAGAUUUCGAAAAUUGAAGCCCUUCUUGCAUCGUAAGUACUACUUGGUAUGGCUAUGGUUUUCCGGAAACAUGUUAUGUUUUGUGGUCAUUUUGGAGCCAAAUUAGUUAGGUAUGCUCUCUCUCUUUCUGAUUGUAAUAAAUAAUUCAUCAUAUCUUUAUAAUAGAUUUAUUAUUGUGUUUCUGUCU